UGCGCCGCUGGGCCCCGCCGCGCCUUCGGUGAGAGUCCGGGCCUGGGCCUCGGAACCGUCGAGGGGGCGGGGACGUCGCUGGGGGCCGGGCCCUGGGGCCUGAGGGGCGCCGGGACCGGCCCGAGUAGCGCCACUGGGAGACUGACGACAUGCUGACUCCCAGUCUCUGAGACACAGUGUUGCUUCUAUAGAGAUGUCCCACCGGGGUGGUGAACGAGACUUCCAGACUUCAGCCCGGCGCAUGGGCACCUCUCUGCUUUUCCAGCUUUCGGUACAUGAACGGGAGCUGGACCUGGUUUUUUUGGAUCAUAGCUAUGCCAAGCCAUGGAGUGCUCACCCAGAUGCCAGCAGUGCCCGCCCAACCCGCAUGCUCUUUGUCACCCCCAGGCGUCACCAGGACAGUACCAUUGAGGCAGACAUCCCUAUUGAUGUGGAGACUGUCACGUCUACCCCAGUGCCACUCUACGACAACCAGAAGGCACGAAGUGUGAUGAAUGAGUGUGAACGUCAUGUCAUCUUUGCUCGGACAGAUGCGGAUGCUCCACCCCCACCUGAGGACUGGGAGGAGCAUGUCAACAGGACUGGUUGGACAAUUGCUCAGAACAAGCUGUUCAACAAGAUUCUCAAAGCCUUGCAGUCUGACCGGCUGGCCCGGCUAGCCAAUGAAGGGGCUUGCAAUGAGCCUGUGCUGCGGCGAAUUGCUGUGGAUAAAUGUGCGAGGAGAGUUCGGCAGGCACUGGCAAGUGUGAGUUGGGACAUUAAACUUGUCCAGUGGUUGCAUACAACGUUGGUGGAAACCCUGAGUCUACCUAUGUUAGCAGCAUACCUUGAUGCAUUGCAGACAUUGAAAGGGAAGAUACCAACCUUGAUUGACCGGAUGUUGAUGUCAUCUACCACAAAGACUGGUGCUGCAGGAGCUGAAGCCUUGUCUCUUCUGCUCAAAAGGCCCUGGGACCCUGCUGUAGGAGUGCUUUCUCAUAACAAACCAAGCAAGCUCCCUGGAUCUCCACUGAUUCUUAUUGCCUCCUCUGGUCCCUCGAGCUCCAUGUUCCCUACCUCUCGAAGACACCGCUUUUGGCAGUCACAACUCUCCUGCUUGGGCAAGGUAAUCCCAGUUGCCACCCAUCUCCUAAAUAAUGGGAGUGGAGUAGGAGUUCUUCAGUGUCUUGAGCACAUGAUUGGGGCUGUUCGAGGCAAAGUACUGGAGAUACACAAUCAUUUCCCCCACAAACCUAUCAUCUUGAUUGGCUGGAAUACAGGAGCCUUGGUGGCUUGUCAUGUGUCAGUGAUGGAGUACGUCACUGCAGUUGUCUGCCUUGGAUUUCCUCUGCUUACAGUGGAUGGACCCAGAGGGGAUGUGGAUGACCCUCUCCUCGAUAUGAAGACUCCAGUACUCUUUGUCAUUGGCCAAAACUCCUUACAGUGUCAUACUGAGGCCAUGGAGGACUUUAGGGAGAAGAUCCGUGCAGAUAACAGCAUGGUUGUAGUUGGGGGAGCUGAUGACAAUCUCAGGAUAAGCAAAGCAAAGAAGAAGUCUGAAGGCUUGACUCAGAGCAUGGUGGACAGAUGUGUUCAGGAUGAAAUUGCAGACUUUCUGACUGGUGUGCUCACUAGAGCUGAGGGUCACAGCGGCUCAGAGCCUCGAGAUCAGGAUGCUGAGAAGAAGAAGAAGCCACGUGAUUCAGCCCGCCGGGACUUGGCUUUUGAACUUCCUGAACGGGGAAGCAGGCCUACCUCUCCUGCGGCUAAGCUUCCUGCUUCACCUUCUGGUUCUGAGGAUCUAUCAAGUGUAUCUAGCAGCCCCACCUCUAGUCCCAAGACCAAAAUGGCUACAGUGACCUCUGCCCCCAAGUCUAGCCAAAUUGGCGCUGCCCAGCUAUUGAAGAGACAUGUACAGCGAACAGAAGCUGUUUUGACCCAUAAACAGGCUCAAGCACAGUUUGCUGCUUUUCUGAAACAAAACAUGCUGGUGAGGAAAACUCUUCCUCCCGGCACCUCCUCCUGUCUCUUUGUUCCCAUCUCCUCAGACCAAACAGAAGAAGCUGAUAAAGAAGACCUUCGGGGCCAGCUGAAGCGUCAGCAUCCUCCUAGCCCUCCUCCGGGUAGCAAGGCUUCCAAGCGAGCUAAGAUCAAAGUGACCAUUGUCUCUCAUGGGGAUGGAGCUAGUGGACCAAGUCUUCCAUCCCAAGGAGGAACCACAGAGGUUUCAGGAGGAAAGCCCAUUACUGUGACUCGAGGGCAAGCUGCUGUAGGUGCCAAGGAGCUAACAGGACUGCUCACCACAGCCAAAUCAAGUGCUGCUUCUGAAGCAGUGUCAGUGAGCCCAGCUUCUUCCUCCAUUAUUCCCAACAGUACUGCUCCUAGUGCCUUUCACACUCUACAGAGCCGCUUGGUGGCCAGUGGUGGUCACUGUGUGGCAGCCUCCCCUGGCAGCACACUCCCAGGGUCCACAUCUGCCAGCAGUCUCCUUCAGGGUCUCAGCUUCAGCCUGCAGGAUAUCAGCAGCAAAACUCCUACCCUCCCAGCUAGUGCUUCCCCAGGGCCAUCCACACAGACCACCAGUGUGAAGUUGCCCACCCCUAUGCAGAGUUUGGGUGCCAUCACCACAGGCACUGGCACCAUUGUUCGUACCAUUCCUGUGGCCACCACUCUCUCCUCCUUGGGUGCCACUCCUGGUGGGAAGCCUACAGCCAUCCACCAACUGCUGACCAAUGGGGGCCUUGCCAAGUUGGCCAGUAGCCUCCCUGGCCUGGCUCAGAUUUCUAAUCAAGCAGCAGGUUUGAAGGCUCCAACCACCAUUACAGUAACUCUACGAGGCCAACCCAGCCGUGUCACCACAUUGAGCCCAAUGGGCACAGGAGCUGCCUCCCUAGAAGAGUCCACCUCUCAGGCUCUGCCUUCUACCCCACAGCGAUUGCCGCCAGCUCCUUGAAGACCCCUGUGUAACAUCUGCAUUCAUCGUCUGUGAUGGUGGCCUUCCAACGAGCCUGCAGGCAUAUCGACUGCUUUGUGAUGUUGCCUGACAUCUUGAAGACUUUCUUUGAGACUGUUGUCCUUGUUUGCCUGCUCAGUGAUCAAGGAUAGGCAUCUGUGUCUUAUAGAGCCACUGGGCUGGGUAGCCUCUAUUCAGCAAAUGCAAUACCAUCCUCUGGGAUCCACAGGUUUUGGCCUCCAAGCUACUCCCUUCUCCUUUUCCCUCCUCUGCCCCACCCCCAAACCCCCUUUAAUGUAGCAGAUAGCUAUACCACUGGGGCUCCCACACUUCAUAGACAUUAUUACCACAUGGGAUUAGGAGCUCUUGAUUCUCAGAGGAUAAAAGCUUCCCUCCCUUUAGUAGGGUUACCAAGAUCAAAACAAACAAAAGGUGACAUCAGUAAGAAGCAGAGGCUUCCUUGAUGAGAUACCAACCAAGCCAGUCGGGAUAGCCGGGCUGGUAGUUAGCCUUCCCCAACAGCCAGGUCUGAACAUGAUUACAAAUGUUGCAUUUUCGAGGUUGUUUAAUAAAGCCAUUAUUCUUUGAAGGGCUCUGUUGCCCUCUGUGGCAAGAUUGGGAUGAUACUGUGUGUAAGGGUUAGGGGAGAGGAAGUCUAUCCUACUCACCCUACACACGGUCAUGAAGGUGUCACAACAGUUUUCUUUGCAGGACCAUAGAGUACAGGGCAAGAAACCCAGCAUAGCUCUCUGGUCUAAAAGUCAAACCAGGAUCUCUAGAGACCCGAAGACUUGUUUUCGAACCUGACGUAAUAAAGGUGAUGAAGACGGCUGAAAUCUCUAGGCCUUUCUGAUUCAAUGCAUUUGUCUGCUGAGUAAGAUGAUCUACACCUAUGAGAUGAGGCUAGUGCCACCCAAGGCCAAUUUCAUUUCAAUGUGCGUUGGACACUUCUGGUAGGUAGAGGACUAACAAGUGAGGAGGGAUUGCAGAGGAGGAAGUAAAUAAUGGAACAACUUAAGGGAGCAGUAGUAGGCAAGUUAAUUAAAAUGGUUUUGUUCUUGGGCUUUGCAUCCCAUUUAACUUUUACGCAAGCAUUGGUGUUUGUUUGAGUUGUGGGGGACAGGCUAUUAAGCCUUAGGAACUAUUAGGUCAAAUGAAUCAGCAUAAGGAUUGUUACCCAUAUUUAGUAAAGAGGAUGAGAGAAACCAAGGGUGCUGUGGGGUUUAGCCCAAUAUGCCAAAUGGUUGGAAAUGGAGACCACCUUCUUCCUAAAUACUUGACUUUGGAGAGCGAUUUAGGUUUGCUGUUUCCUCUCCAACCUCUCUAACAACUUGAGGUGAACUUGGGAGGGGGAAAGAACCAGUCUUUUGAUGCUCCAGCUGAGCAGCUGACCUAGUUAUUCAGUGGCUGCAGGCAAUGAUGGGGAAGUUUAUAUCCAUUAAUAUAGUCUGCUCAGUGGAGGAUGGUGUUUCUGGUGUGUGUGCCUAUCAGACUGAGAGCAUGGUUAACUCCACUGAAUUAGGGCUCUGCUUUUCCUUUGGAAAGGAGCCCUCCAGAGCAGUUCUCAGUUGGCCUCUCAGUGGCACAGCACAUGCAGAGGGUCCAUUCUCUCAGUCUGGUGGGUAGCCUGCAGAAGCUACGGUUUUGCUUGUUUUGUUAACACUAGCUCACAAUGCUCUUCAGCUGUGCAGGUGAUAUGAUUAAACUCCUGGUAGCACUGAAAUGCUGAACCAGCAGAAGGCAAACUGUAGGAACAUUUGAUAGGAGGAGGCAGAAAUCCCAGGUGUACUUCCAUGGAGACAAGUAUAAAGUGGGAGACUUUGGUGACAGUGAGCCAGACCAUAUAGAAUUGGUUUCUAAGCUAACUAUCCAUUCCAUUCAUGACCCAGGAAAAACUGUAAGUUGUUAGAGACUGUUCCCUGACAUAAUUAGCUCAGGGUACUGCUGGAGCCAAAAAGUUCAAUCAAAUGACGAUGACCAGCCUGGACAGUAUAGAAAACAAAGUAAUGCAUCAUUCAGCCCCUGUGUAAAACCGAUUUGUCUGUACAUGGAUAGUAUCUUCCGUGUUUCUUGCUGCCAUAGCUUAAAAAAGACAUGACAGAAAUAGAGAAGAGUGUUGUAGGUUUGAGAUAAAAAUUAGUGUCCUCCAGGUUGGAGAGCAAAGUUAAAAAAAUAUGGCAAUUGGAGUCUAUACAGUUGUGAAGGGUGAAUGUGAAUUUUAUUCUCCAGAAUUAUCAGACAAGGAGAUGCCUUUUAAAGUUGGAAUGGUGUGAUUAAAAGCAAGUGUCCUUUAGCACAACACAGAGUAAGCUGAAGGAAUUUGUUACUGUCUGUAAGUGGUCCUACUCACAUGUGUAAUUGGGGAUCAGGAAUAGCUUAGGUAAAUGCAUGAAAGAUAGGUCUGUUGUGUCAUUAAAGAAAAUAAGUGCUUUGGAGGACCUCCCUCAACACUGAGGGAACAUCAUUGAGAAGAGCAUGUACCCUGGCUGGGAAAUGGGGCUGACCUGAUGUGUCAGUUCUUAUGUUCCAUUAACAAUAAACCGUGGUGUGCUGCUAA